CAGGCAUACUCCGAUGGUUCGCAACAUCUUGAUGCUUCAAGAUCCCUAACGCCCGUAGUAUCUCAGUGACCGCGCUCAUUGGCCAGUGCAACGCUACGGCCUUUCCGUCAAGCAAGCCUCGAGUCAAUCUUAACGGUGGUUUCGGUCGUCCUACAUAAUCUCCGCGUAGCCAACUGGUCGAAGCCCCUCUCUCUAACUCCAAUUUCACCAUCCACGACAUAAUUACAAUGCUUUUCGCUAUGCAUAUGUAGAGCGGUUAUGAGACAAAUUUUCAGAGGUAAAGUACAUUCGCGAGGCGUACAAUCUCCUUUCCAACAUAGGUACAGCUCCACAGGGGCGCAUCGCCUACCGGCCGCACCCGCACACCCGAUUUUAUCAGCUGAAACGCCUUCCUUGCUUCCCUUGUUUGCUUCUUCAUUUCCAAUAUCCCUAUAUCGACUGUGCCAAUGAGUCAUAUUCAAACUUUUUCCAAUUGAUGUCCACACUAAUGUUUACUCACGUUACGCCUGUUGAUUAUGUCGAAUAAUAGAAAGAAUUCUAGCACGGGGAAACUUCCUCCAGGUGAUGGGCCAAGUCUACGCGAAUUCAAAUACGCAGGGGCGCCGAUUGAAUGGAUUGAAAGAAUUGAUGAUGACGGCCGUGAGGAUAACCAAGCAUUCGUCUACCGAGUGAAGAUCGCAUCUCAGGAAUAUGCCCUUAAGGUUUUCAAAUUUUCGAAUCCCAAAUCCAACACGUUCUACUGGGGUACAAGACUGCAGUAUGAGUUACCUAUGAAAGAGGCUAUAUUCUACACUGAUCCUUUCUACGCCGAAUGUCGAGCGUAUGGGAGAAUCGAGGAUGGGAAGGUUGAUAAGAAUUCUAAGACACCCCGUGUCCGGCAACAAACGGCAGUAAAAUGUUAUGGAUAUAUGUUCCUGAGCGACGAAGACAAGCGCUGGUUUAUUAACAAAGGUCAUGAUCUGGAGGACGACCUCCUCGAUAACGAUGUGAUUGAAGCCUUAGAAGGAGACACACGAGUUCGAGCUAUUGUGAAACAUCUCGAUGAAAGCCCCAAAUUACUUCAUGCAAGAAACAUUGGGAAAGCUUGGACAACCGUCCGUUUACUCAACAAAUCUCUUAAAAUCUAUAACAUGGAUAUUAAGGCAAACAACUUCAUCGGUCAUCGACUUGUGGAUUUUGGGUCAUCUUGGACUGAACCUCAUGAGCUAUUACGAUAUUUGGAUAAGAAAGGCAAGAUUAUUGCCGGUCACAAGAGGGGAACAGAUGCACAGGAUUUUGACGAUAUGAUCGAAGAAGAGCAUAUACCGACCCGACUGAGAGUCGUACCGAAGACUAGGCACCAAUUGCGUUCAAGGGGUGACGGGCCUUGGGCAGGCGAACAAUUGCCGAAGCGCAGGAGAAGGAAUAAACCCGAGACGUGAAUUGAAUCUGAUCUCUACUCUCACAUGUCUGAAGCAAGUUUGUGCUUUUUGUCCUAUAUUUAUGUAUAUGGAUACUACCGGACCUGCCUAGAAUUGACGGUGAUGUUUAAUAGACUGUUACGGCUGGUAUCGACCUCUUACAUGACUAAGCUGCCCCUAAAUGAGGAAAGAAUCUGCAUAGC